AUGCUUCUCUGGAUAGUCUUCCCAGUGAUCGUGAAGCAAUGCUCUGCUCAGGUCACCGUUGUCAAUAGCUCCACGUGCGGCUGCUUCUUAACCAAUGGGUCGACGCCAACGUACUACUCGGACCGGAUCUUCUUCGACUUCAGACAAUUGUCACAGUUUUCCGGUGUUCCUGAUCUUCUCAAAGGAAUUUCUGAGACAACUAAAGCAAUGGCCAGCAGCGAUUAUUUCUCAAGUACGGAUUGGACGGACGUCUGGUCUUUGCAGCGGUGGUCGAACAAAAUCGGGAAAGGUGACGAGCUGAGAGGGGAUGCCUCCUACCUGAUGCUCAAUACGUUGAAUAAUGUUUACAUUGAGAAGAACAAUGGCGAGAACUCCUCAUCAGACACAUUCUUAACCUUGCGGACAAGCCGCCAGAAUGCCUUCCAGUCCGUAGCUGAGUUUCAAACUGCCGAGGCUAAUUACAAGUACCUGUCUAUCCGGAUGCUCUCUCGAACGAUUGGAAGCCCUGGCGCAUGCACUGCCAUGUUCACCUACAGAGACACGGGCGAUGGAUCCAAGGUCCAAGAAGCAGAUAUUGAAAUGCUCACGAGCGGGCCCAAGAACAGGAUUCAGUAUACGAACCAGCCAUCCUACAACGAGAACGAGACAUUCCCAGAAGCCACGAGAAACGGCACGCUGCCCAAUGGCAUUCUGUUUUCCGACUGGGUCGUGCAUCGUCUUGAUUGGACUCCGGACCGAAGCGUCUGGUAUGUCGAUGGGCAGGAGACUGCCAACAUCAAGUUCCAAACACCACGCGAUGCGUCUCGGGUCCAUUUCAACACAUGGAGCAACGGCGGAUCCUGGACUGGGAAAAUGCUAGUGGGUGGUGAGGCGUUCAUGCAGAUUCAAUGGAUCGAGAUGGUCUACAACACGACCACCGAGAAUGUCAUGAGUGACAAGGAGCGGAGGUGGGCUCCUGGUGGCGUCCUAUCGGAACGAGGAGCCACUGGUCAUCAUUGUCAGGUGGUUUGCAGCAUUGACGAAAGUAAUACAGCAGGUGAGAUUGCCUUGUUGUGGGACAGUGAGGCGGCACAUAUGUUCGCGCACCAAGGUCUUUGGAGAUGGUCUACAUUGACUUUGCCGGUUUGGAGUCUUGUCACCAUAUCUCUUGUCAUAUGA